AUGGGUGUCACGGGCCUUUGGACAGUCCUGCAGCCAUGCGCUCGCCCGAUCAAACUCGAAACGCUGAACAAGAGACGACUGGCCGUCGACGCGUCGAUCUGGAUCUAUCAGUUUCUGAAAGCGGUACGAGACAAAGAAGGCAAUGCGCUCCGCAACUCUCACAUUGUUGGAUUUUUUCGCCGCAUUUGCAAACUACUGUAUUUCGGCAUUCGGCCCGUCUUCGUCUUCGAUGGCGGGGCACCGGUUAUGAAACGACAGACAAUCGCUAGCCGAAAGAAAAGGCGUGAAGGUCACAGGGAGGAUGCGGCGAGAACUGCAGGAAAAUUGCUUGCAGUCCAAAUGCAACGCAGUGCGGAAGAAGAGGCUAUUCGUCGACGCAAUAGGCAUCCGAGACAAGAGGAGGAAGAGGUGCCAGAUGUUCCUGUUUAUGCAGAGGAGGCUUUCAUGACAGACAAGGAAAAACAACAAGGUCGAAAAUUCAAGAAAAAAGACGCAUAUCACCUACCCAACUUGGACGUUUCGCUCCAAGAAAUGGGUGCACCAAAUGAUCCACGCAUCAUGUCUCAAGAGGAGCUAGAGGAGUAUGCCAGACAUUUCCACCAGGGUCAAGAUAUCAAUCUUUACGAUUUCUCCAAAAUCGACUUCGACAGCCCCUUUUUCCUCAGUCUGCCAGCGACUGAUCGUUACAACAUCUUGAAUGCAGCGAGGCUAAGGAGUCGGCUUCGCAUGGGCUAUUCGAAGGAACAGCUGGAUACGAUGUUUCCCGAUCGCAUGGCAUUCUCGAAAUUCCAAAUCGAGCGUGUCGCAGAGCGUAAUGACCUUACGCAACGAUUAAUGAAUAUAAACGGCAUGAACGGGGAAGAGGCAUUUUACAAUUCUGGGCAGCGUAUCGCAGGAGAACGCGGCAGGGAGUACGUCCUUGUGAAGGAUCGCGAACAUGAAGGUGGAUGGGUCCUAGGCGUUGUGGGGAACAAAGAAGGAUACGAAGACAAGCCCAUCGAUCUAGAUCGACCUGAAGUGGUGUCCGAUGAUGAUGAGUUGUCUGAUGAAGAUGCCUUCGAGGACGUUCCAAUCGAGGGUCUAAAUCGACUUCCCAGGCUUCCUUUUCUUCGUGACGGUGUAUUCGACCAAGCACUUCAACAGCAAACCGACGAAGACUUCGACAUGAGAACGGCCAUGCAAGAAUCGCGCCAAGCUGCACAGCGACAGGCGGUAAACGAACGUCGUGUGCAAGAUGCCGCAGAUGACUCGCUUUUCGUUGAAGCCGAAGGAAACAUCGGCGCACUGCAGCAAAACAACGACACCGAUGAGUAUUUUGAUGGUGACGAUGAUGACCUCGAACGAGCCAUUGCUCUUUCAUUGAUGCCCGAUGAAAACAAUGAUGAAGUUGUGUCUGAACGGCCGAUCAGUCGAUCGGUUGAGCCAGCUCCAUCUUAUGAGAUGAUCCCAGAGCCGGACUCUGAGAGCGAUGAUGGAAUGGACUUUGCCGCGGCCGUAGCCAGGACAAAGGUCCCCAAAAAGGCCGCCCAUGCACCAAAUGCAUUCAGUGGUCCACUUCCUUUUGAAUCCAUCAAGCUCACCAAAUCCACCCCAGAUAACAACAAGCCUGGCAUGGAUGAGAAUGCAGGCGGUUUUGUAAAGGAAUCUGAGAAGAAACCAAAGCAGGCAGACCCACUUCCUCCAUGGUUUGUUGGUGAACCCUCAGAUGCAGGGUUCAUUGUUGAUCCCAUUGAAGAUUCGGGGAAGGACGAUGAGCAAUUCGCAGCGCAAGACCAUCUUUUUCUCUCAAAUCGUCGCUCGCCAGACAUCAUCGAUGUUGAUACGAUGUCCGAUAAAGAGUCCAUCACCAAGGAAGUCAUUGACCUUGAGAAAGCAGAAGACGAAGAAGAAGCAGAUGUGGAAAUGGAGAAAAGGGAAAUGCAGGAAGCAAAGGAAGAAGAGACCCGAGAUACCGAAACUGCAAAACAUUCUCAAGCAGAGGAAAUUGCGAAGAUCUACCACGACAUCUCCACAAAUGCUGACGAGAAACCGUUGGGCGAGCCCGUUCAACCUCGUAUUGAAGCAGAUUAUCAGAUAACGGCGUUUGAGAGUACCAGUUCACAAACCCAGAAACAAGAGCUCAGCCCUGAUGAGCAGCGACCCCGCAGUGAACAUUCUCUUUCGCCGGACUUUGAAGAUGUUCUUCCUCGAGUGCCAACAACGCAAGCAUCUGAAAUCACCAUUGUGCCUCAUCAAAAGGCGCAGCCCCAAUCCCAUCCUCAACUGUUUGAAGAGAUCGAUCAGCCGGAGGCUUUCGCGCAAGAUCAAGCGGACUACAGCGACCCGGAGGAUGAAGAUCUGUUCAAGCAGCUUGCAGCUGAAGGUGAGGAGCACGUGCGAUUCGCCAAUACUCUCAAUUCUGCUGCUCCUAUCCAGGAAGCAUUUGACUACGAGCAGGAACUGAAACAACUACGCUCUCAGCAGAGAAAUGAGCGUCGUGAUGCCGACGAGGUGACCACUAUCAUGAUCAAUGAGUGUCAACAGCUAUUGACGCUUUUCGGGUUGCCCUAUAUCACCGCACCCAUGGAGGCUGAAGCUCAGUGUGCCAAAUUAGUCUCGCUAGGCCUCGUGGACGGAAUUGUCACCGAUGACAGUGAUAUCUUCCUCUUCGGAGGAACGCGAGUCUACAAGAAUAUGUUCAAUCAAAGCAAAUUCGUCGAGUGUUACCUGACAUCAGACUUGGAGAAAGAGUACGCGCUUCAUCGGCAGAAGCUUAUCAGUUUUGCCCAUUUAUUGGGCAGCGAUUACACUGAGGGCAUCCCGGGGAUUGGUCCCGUCACCGCUCUCGAGAUUCUUACCGAGUUCUCCACCCUCGAAGAGUUUCGCAAUUGGUGGACGGAUUUACAAAAAGGGACAAAUAAUCCAGAAGAUGCGCACAGUGGCUUCCGGAAGAGAUUUCGAAAGAAGGCAUCCAAGAUCUUCUUGCCUCCUUCGUUCCCUGAUAGCAGAGUUGACGAGGCAUAUCUUGAACCCGAGGUUGACGAUGACCCCUCCCAAUUCCAAUGGGGUGUACCUGAUCUGAACGGUCUCCGAAACUUCCUCAUGACGACCAUCGGCUGGAGUCAAGAGCGAACCGACGAAGUCCUGGUGCCGGUUAUUCGUGACAUGAAUCGACGUGAGCAGGAAGGUACACAGUCUAAUAUCACACAAUUCAUGACAGGUCCCCAGGGCGCGGGUGCCUUUGCACCUCAUGCUCGUACAGGCGGACCCAGCCGCAUGGAAAGGGCAUUUGGUCGACUACGACAAGAAGCCCAGACUGAUGGAACCUUAUCAGGUUCCGAGCCAGUUGGUGGGAACGGAGAGGAAGAAGCAUCUGCACCGCCUAAGCAAAGCAAGAGAGGUGCAUCAGCUGCCAAGGCCAAGGCUGGCACCAGCAAGAAGCGAAAGACACGUCGUGCAGACUCUGAUGCAUCAUGA